AUGGAUUCCCCUGACUCCCUUACGCGUGCUCCUGCAACGCUCAUUGACAAUGCUGACAAGCUCAGCAAGGACGCUUCGCCGCGUGAUGUCUUCGAGACAAGCUCUAUCUGCGGGAUCGACUCCUCCGACUUUCCGGAAUUGCCAGAGCCGUCCUGGAGCAAGUAUGUGCCCAGCAUCUACAGUGAAAAGAGGGUUCUUAAUUUGUCAGCGUUUCAGAUGAAAUGGUCUGUUCAGGUCGUCGCCGGCAUUGCUGUGCUCUUCUUCGGUUUCGACCAAGGCGUGAUGUCAGGCGUAAACGAAUCAAAAGACUACCUGCGCCUGAUGGGUACUGCAUCAGGCGUUGAUGGCAACGAAACUCAACGAGACAGCGCAGCAAUUGGAGGCAUCGUCGCAAUUUACUAUCUUGGCACUUUGUUUGGCGGCCUUUUAGGCGGCUACAUGGCUGAUUCCGCCGGUCGUAUGAAGGCCAUCUUUCUCGGCUCGCUGUGGGUCAUCCUCGGUGCAUCUUUACAGGCUUCGGCUCAGAACAUCACCUGGAUGAUGUUUGCUAGAGUGAUCACAGGGUGCGGAACCGGAAUCUACAAUGCUGUGGUCCCUGUCUGGGUUGCAGAGCUUUCCAAGCACGACAAGAGAGGUCAGGCGAUCGGUUUCGAGUUUGUCUUUAACAUUCUUGGUCUUGCUCUCGUUUACUGGCUAUCUUUUGGCGUUCGUAACUUGGAGACAGGAGGCUUCAAUUGGCGCUUCCCGUUGGCCUUCCAGCUCGUCUUUGUGCUCAUGCUUCUUGUAUCGCUGCCUUUCUUCCCAGAAUCACCCAGAUGGCUGGCCAAGAUGGGUAGAGUAGACGAAGCACGCCGAAUUCUAGCUCGUCUACGCUCUACCCCAUACAACGAGCACGACAUUCACGUCGCUGAAGAGCUUCAAGAAAUCCUCGAUGUGGCUAAGCUUGAGCGUAUACGUCAAGAAAACGGAGAAGAUGGGUACAUCAGAAUGAUAGCCACUUCAGGAGGGAAGCUUCAUAUUCGACGCAGGAUUGUUCUCACAAUCUGGCUUCAGAUCUUACAAGAACUGGCCGGCAUCGGUGUCAUUACCGUCUAUGCACCGACUGUUUUCCGAUCAGGUGGUUUCAACGAUACCUUGGCUCGUUUACUCUCGGGGUUCAACGAUGUGUCAUACAUGUUUUCGGUCUUCAUCUCUGUCUUCACCCUUGAUCGUACAGGCAGACGAAAGACGUUGUUCAUUGGCAAUGUUAUCAUGGGAGUCAGCCUGUUCAUCGCUGGAGUGGCAGCAAAAUACGCACUUCAGUACGGCCCUGACUCGCCGACGGCGGACAUUCAGCUCGCCAAACAAUGGGGUGCUGCACUUGCCACCAUGAUCUUCAUCUACACCGCAGCCUUCGGUGGAAUCGGUUGGCUUUGCGUUCCUUGGUUGUACCCUACCGAAAUAUUCCCCCUCUUCAUCCGAGCUCGGGGUGGUGCGGUCAGUGUCUUCGGAUGGAGCUUGGGCAAUGGGCUGGUGACGGAGAUCACGCCGUUCUUAUUCAAUGCUAUCAAAUAUAACACCUUCAGCUUUUUGUUUGGAGCUCUCAACUUUUUCUGUAUGCCCUUCGUCUGGGCUUUCUAUCCGGAGACAAGCUGCAGGUCACUGGAGUCGAUGGACGAGCUGUUCGCAGGCGACUCGGCUUUCAUUGCUUUCGACAAACACUUGACAAUGGUGCCGAGGACGAAGGAGGACCAGAAAACGAAUGGGUAA